UGAAAAACACUCUUCGAUUUCACACAAAGAAAAAAGACUAAUAGAGAAGAGUAACAAAAGAAGAAGAAGAAGAGAAACAACAAGAACCUUAAAGAUUGUGGUGCUUCGAGAGAAACACACACCUAGUAUUGACAUUGGGAAUCUGAAACCCAAUUUCAAUUUCCUAUCCAUCAUUCAAUCGAAAAGGGUUACUUUUUUAUUCAUUCAAACUUCUUAACUUGUGUAUAUAUAUAACUUUUUUUGUUCUUCAUGAUAUAGUUCAAAGCAAUUCAAAGUUCAGAUCUUUAACCAUAUUUUCUCUUCAAUUUCAGGGUUGAUACGUAAAUAGAUUAAUAUGCGGGAUACUGAGAGGUUAAAUAACCAAGGAUCUACAAAACCGAGUAACACAAAGGAACAUAUCAAGUUGAAGGUAGAUUCCCCACAGUUCAAAACAAGUAGCACAAAACACCAAAGGAAGAAACACAGACUGAAAUCAAAAUCUCAUAAACUCGGAGGUUGCACAAAUGCGUCAGUGAGGACAGCUACUGAUUCUUCCAACAAGGCGUCAACCAAGGAUUCUUCAAAUAAAACGGAUAGGAAUUCAACACAGGUUCAGCCUUCAAAAAAGAUACAAGGAGGAAAAACUUCUCUUAAUAAUGAUAGGAAAGGUGAGAAAGAUGUUGUUGAUCAAGAGGGAAAUAUUCAAAAACGUAAGAGAAGGAGAAAGAAGAAAAGACAAAGACAUAAUGUAGAUCUUGAUGAUACUGUACGCCUCCAGAGAAGAACAAGGAAUAUCUUAAUCAGAAUGAAGCAAGAACAGAAUCUUAUCGAUGCUUACGCUGGAGAAGGUUGGAAAGGUCAGAGUCGAGAGAAGAUUAGGCCAGAAAUGGAGCUACAAAGAGCAAAAAAGCAGAUUUUAAAAUGCAAGCUUAGUAUCCGUGAUGCCAUUCACCAACUGGAUUCUCUUAGUUCAGUUGGUAGUAUUGAAGGUUCUGUCAUUGCUACAGAUGGAUCUGUUUCUCAUGAACAUAUAUUCUGUGCAAAUUGCAAGAUAAACGAAGUUUCUCCAGAUAAUGAUAUUAUACUCUGUGAUGGCACAUGCAAUCGUGCGUUUCACCAGAGAUGUCUUGAUCCUCCUUUGGAGACUGAAGACAUUCCUCCUGAAGACCAAGGCUGGUUUUGCAAGUAUUGUGACUGUAAGAUAGAAAUAUUGGAGGCAACAAACGCGCAUCUUGGGACUCGUUUCCCCUUAGACAGUACUUGGCAGGAUGUAUUCAAGGAAGAAGCUGCUAUUCCUGACGGCGAUGCUGCAUUACUAAAUCAAGAAGAAGAAUGGCCGUCAGAUGAUCCUGAAGACGAUGACUAUAAUCCAGAGAGGAAAGAAGAAAGCCACGGUGGCUUCAACACAGAAGGAAAUGAUAAAAACGCAUCUGAUGAUUCAAGCAGUUCUUCCAGCAUGUGGUCUCUAAAUGGAGAAUGCUCUCUGUUAGAUGAAGGCAUCAACCUUGAAUAUUAUUCUAACGACCACAUAGAUUCUGAUGAAUCCGGGGAAAUAGCAUGCGGUCGUAGGCAGCGUAGAGCUGUUGACUACAAGAAACUUUAUGAUGAAAUGUUUGGAAAGGAUGCUCCACCUUGUGAACAAGUGAGUGAAGAUGAAGAUUGGGGUCCUCGAAAAAGACGGCGAAGAGAAAAGGAGUCUGAGGCUGUUAAUACUCUUAUGACUCUACAUGAGAGUGAAAAUAAAUAUCCGAAUAAUAAGAACAAUGAUAGAAUAAGAGGGAAUUCUUCAGGCAUAAAAAGACCUUGUUUUAGGUUUUCACAUGAGGCAGUUGAGAAGCUUCGCCAAGUUUUUGCAGAGAACGAGCUUCCUCCAAAAUCCGUGAAGGAUGCCCUUUCAAAAGAAUUGGGACUUGAUGCUGCAAAGGUUAACAAAUGGUUCAAAAAUGCACGUUACAUGGCACUUAAAAUAAGAAAGCUUCAAGAAGGAGGACAACAGCUUCAGAGUAUCACUUCUAAGACCUCAAAGGAUUCUACAUCACAACAUGUGCAGGAAGAUGAGGUUUUGAACCCGAAGUCCGCGAAAAUUACUGUGAUUAGUUCCCUGAAGAAGUGUGAAAAUGUUACUGGCAAAGAAAAAACAAAAGCAUCUAGCAAUCCUUUGAAGAAAAAGCGACCAGAAAUACCUCCAUGCUUGGGAGAAAAUGGCAACAAGGAUUCCAUGGAGGUCAGUGAUGAUGUUAGCUUAAUGAAACUAUUACAAGACAGGAAAAAGAAGGUAAGUUUUGCAUUUGAAGGAGACUCUGAGGCAGCAGAGUUGGAAUUUGAAAGACUCAGCAAAGUGAAGACGAAAAUAGAUAGAUUGAAGCAAAGAUUAACUGGAGUUCAAAAUUGCAGAUCAAAGGGUUCAGAUGAAGUUCAUUUGAAUGAGCCAUCUAUUAUGUAUGUUCCUAUAGCUGAGUUAAGGGAAAAGGUGAAAUAGAAACUAUAUAUAGAAUAUAUAUUUUUGAAAACUUUUUUGCACAGCAGGGUAAUAAUACAUUAAUGUAUGGUUGUUAGUUUUGUGUACAAUGAAAUGAAGCAACCGUUUUGAAUUUAUCAA